AUGUCGAAUCAAAACGAGCCCUUCUACAUCCGAUACUACUCGGGCCACCAGGGCCGUUUCGGACACGAGUUUCUCGAGUUUGAUUUUCGAGUAGUCGGUGAUGGUCGUAGUGCGACUGCCCGGUAUGCGAACAACUCAAAUUAUCGAAAUGACAGCCUCAUUCGCAAAGAGAUGUUCGUCAGCUCUUUAGUCGUCGACGAGAUCAAGAAAAUUGUCAAGGACAGCGAGAUCAUGAAGGAGGACGACGCAAAAUGGCCAACGAAGAACAAGGAUGGAAGGCAGGAGCUGGAGAUCCGUCUCGGGAAUGACCACAUCUCCUUUGAGACCGCGAAGAUUGGUUCGAUCAACGACGUGACGGAAUCUGCAGACCCGGAGGGCCUGCGCGUCUUCUACUAUCUUGUACAAGAUCUAAAGGCAUUGGUGUUCAGUCUGAUUGCGCUGCAUUUCAAGAUCAAACCUAUCUGA